UGCCUACCUAGCGUGAACUUUGAACAGCCGUUCAAUCCGCGAUGGCUCCGCGUAACCUCGACGAAGUUUCUCCUCUUGACUUGAAAUCCCAUUUGCUAUGUGAAAGGUUUAUUAAUUUGCACUCGUCCCUGUUGAAAAAGGGCCACAGGGUGAGCGAUUUGCGUCAACUGGCCAGAUCGGGAAAUGCACGACGUCGCGGUGUAAGAUUGACGUGGAUCGCCUUCGUCGCGUUCUUCAUUUGGAGCCUCCGGCCUUUUUUGGACGUCGUCGUCAAACAAGCCCUCGGUGUUAAAUGCAUCUUGCCGAACAAUUACUUCGUCUGGGAGGCGACGAGGCCUCUCGCCGACUGUCGAAUCUGUCAAACGGACGUUCUCUACUUGGACAACGUCACCAGAAAAGAUUUCGAACCUUUCGCGUAUUCCUACAGGCCGAUUGUGGUUCGUGACGCUGCUAAAUGGUGGCCAGCCGCUUCGGACUUCGACUACGAGUUUUUCAGGGUGUUGUUCGAGGCGACUCCAGGCGCGUACGACAGCGUCGAGGACGAGUGCCAGUUUCUCAAUUUUAAAACGGACCUCUACAGUCUACGCGACGUAUUUCAAAUGCCCGAGGAACGUGCCAACCUCUCCGCAGGCACUCGACCCUGGAGCAACUGCCAUGCAGAUGUUUUAAAGACAAUGCGGAAAUUCUACGAGAAGCCACACUUCCUUCCCGAAGACGCUGAGCACUCGCACGUCGAUUUCGUCUUCAUGGGAUACCAGAAGGGCGCAUACAUGCACCUGGACUACAUAAGCAGGCUGAUGUGGCAGGCGCAGCUACGCGGGCACAAAACCUGGCGACUCAAUCCACCGCCGGAAUGCGAGGACAUUUGCCCGAGUCAUACAUUCACCGUAAAACCUGGUGAUAUUAUUCUUCUUGACACAAGACAAUGGUACCAUGAUACUUACAUCAAGGAUGAACUUCUGCUGGAUGAACUCUACUUGAUAUACAACCGUAUGGAACAAAUAUCUAAAGGAUUAAUAUUGACGUUAACAUACCGCCCACUAAUUUUCCCGACUAAUUAACAAUUUUGAAUAAAUGGAUGGUCGGAUUCAAUAAAUAGAAAUAAUUGGAGGUCUUCUUUCGCAUAUGGACGGCGCAAGGAUAAGAAAUGGUACGGGAAUGCGCAUAAAGGGGCCUAACUAUGAGCACAACAUGGUCCUCGACUACUACCACAGCCAUCUUUCAGACUAAGUGGCCAAUAGAAACAUGUUCAUAUGAAAUAAUUAACAAACAUCGCAAGGGUGUAACAAUAAUGGAACUAUUAGAUAGCAAGCCAAGUCUAAAGGUUCUCCAAUUCUGCAAGGUCAACUGAAAACUAUCUUGGAACUGAUUAAAAUAAAAGUUCGGAUUCGGAGAAUUCCUACUUACUGUGAUGUGUUCUGUAGUUCUCUUUCCAUAUCUCGUCAGGACGUUUUUUGGAUUGUUCGUGUCAAUUGAGUUUCCAUUGUCAAAAAGCAUUUUCUACUUCCGGAGGCCAAGAAACGGGCGUUCUGUCAUUCUUGUUUUGUGUUUCCUGUUAACUUAUUUAAAGUACGUUCUGCUGCUUUUGCGUUGCAAGAAACGACGAUAGAAGUUUACCACGCCCAGAAAUCUCAGUCGUCCUUUGUUUUCGGGUUUGGGAAAAUCAAUAACUCCUUGAACCUUAGCUGGUAGCUGUGUAAUACAUUUAUUCCCCUAUACCCCAAAAAUUCCACUUCCUGUACCCAGAAAAAGCUUUUAUUUGUGUUUACUGUAAUACCGUGUUCAAGGUACACAACAUCUUGUUGUGUCUUCAUUUGCUGAAGCUAUAAGAAUGCCGCCAACAUAGACAAAACCGUAGUUUAUGUCUCUAAAAAUAGAAUCCAUAAAUGUUUGGAAUGUUACUUUAUCUACUUUAUUCGAAUAUUACAAGGUCACUUACCAGUGGCGUCCGUGUCUACAGGAAUACUAGAAGGAAAGCUACUAAAAGCCUCAACCCCUUCCGAUCACUACCCUCUGACACACGCUCGUUUUUGAAAUUGUUGGGUCAUUUUGUACGUUGUAGAACAAAGGUUAAUUCACUUUCACCAUAUUUUCUUUCCUUGUGAAUAUACAACAAAACGGUUCAGGACCUUUUUUUUAUUAAUUAUUUUAUUUAACUCUUGCGUACAUACACAUUAUGUUUUGCUAAUAAAUACUGAUAUACAGCACACUCAAAAAGUGUGAUUAACAUGGCAUUUGAGGGUGGGUCCUGCCCUAUGGCAGCCCAAACAAUAAUUCACUGGAGUAUUAUAAUACUUUGAGAUAAAUAAAUAUCUCAUUAAUAAAUAAAUUAACCUACUUUUUUGUUUUUAUCUAUAAUCAUAUAACGUCAGGCGCACGUUUACACUAGCACUUAUUUACAUUAACACAUAUUUACAAUCUGUAGUCCGUAUGCUUUCUUUUUAGCCGUCUUUGUUGGCGGGGUGGAGGCAUAUUCGCUGGAAUUUGUGCAAUUCAGCAGCUUUGGCAAGCAGCAUCGGGUAUCUCUUCUUUAGUUCGUCUUCUACCGAUUUCAACGAUAUUUCAUGAUGGAGCUGUUCAUUCCUUACGAACCAGGGCGCGUUUGUUAUUAACCGUAAUACACGGUUCUGCAGCGUUUGUAUCCUUUUUAUUUGCGAGGCGGAUACAGAACACCAAAUGGGCGAGCCAUAAAACCAAAUUGGUUUUAUUAGGCUUAGAUAAAGGAGUCGCUUAAGUGGAAUUUGGACAGAAUUGCUAGAGAGAAUUGGUUUGAUAUUGCGAAUACGCAAGCGAAUUCUCGUUACAGAUGAGGAUAUGUGGGUAUUCUAGGUGGGAUGCGAGUCCAAGUGCAGCCCUAAGUAUUUAUAUGAGUCCGCUUGAGGUACAUUAGUUCCACCGAGUACUAUAUGUGAGGGCCUUGAGGUCUUCUUAUAAGUGAAGUUAAUGAGUUUGGACUUAGUUGAAUUCAGCUUAACUUUCCACUUGGAUGCCCAAUCAUCAAUUUUUUGGCAGUAAUUCUGCAUCUUCGUUUCUGCAUCACUGAGCGUGAUACUUUGGGACAGUACUGCUUUGUCAUCGGCAAAUUGGGCUAUUUCGAUGUUGCUAUCUGCUGGAAAGUCAUGCUCGAACAGAAUGUAAAGGAGGGGUCCCAGAACAAUUCCUUGAGGAACACCCGCUGAGAUGUUGUGUACUUCAGAGUUCGCUCCUUUAUAGCUGACAAAAAAAUUUCUGUCGGUCACAUAAGACUUCACCAGCCGGUAGUAUGUAUCAGGUAGUAACUUUUUAAUCUUAUAUAGCCCUCAUGCCUCAUGAUCGAAGGCCUUUUCAGUAUCUAUAAAUAAACCUAGGCAAUACUUUUUCCCUCAUAAGUUUGUAGUAUUUUAUCCACUACUCUGUGGAGUUGCCACGGACAAGAAUGAGAUGCUCUGAAUCCAAAUUGUGUGUUCGGUAUUACAGGACUUAAAUAACUCAGAAGCUUUGGAAAUGUUGGUCGGUAUAUCCCAUUCUUAAAUUCUCUAUCCCAUUCUCUUCGCUUACUCUGGCCUGUCCUGAGACCCAAUAGUAAAACCCUGAAGGUAGUAAUAGCCUUAUUAUGGUGUAAUAGAUGGAGCCACACCAUCAAUUUUCCAAGUUGAGAUCCACUAUGCUGGACAAGAAAUUAUUUAAAAAGUAUUAAAAUGUGCAUAGAUAUACCUUUUCUCAGACAAACAAGCAGCACGCUUUUGACUAUCUUUUACACAAAGUUGGUCUGGGAAUGUCUAACAUACCUUACUACCAUUAUUCAGAAAUCGUGAGAUGCGG